GCCGCCGCCACUACCGCCACUCGAUGCGUCGUCGUCGCACCACUGAGUAUCUCACUUGAUAUGUUAGGGUCGUGUUUGCCGCUGGAGACUGUGAUAACUAUCGAAUCGCAUUAUUACGUGCUGUGCACAUCUCAUCAUCCGUCGUUCUCGUAACUAGUAGGCGUGUCGUAGUCGGAAAUUGUGACAACCGCGUGAGAGUGCGAAUAUCGCACAAAUAUCUUAUCUCAAAAGAGAGAAACAGGCAGAAAGAGAAAGAGAGAGAGAGGCUUCGCAACGGGGUGAGUUUCUUUGGCCUGAGAGAGAGGCCUGUUCCAAACGAGAUCAUGAAAAUGAUCUUUUGGAUUAGUUUUCCCCGUUCUUUGGAAUAGAUAUUGACGAUAUGGAUGCAAUAUGGCCUCAGUACUUUGGCAUGUCUCUGGAAAUAGUUUUCUUUCACCUAUCUUCGUGAUACUCUUGCUACUGUGUCCACACAAUUCCACAGCCCGCGAGAUAUUUGAUGCACCACUACCACAAGACUACUUUCCAUCACUGCCACCACCACCGGGAGGAUUCACUACUGCCAAAAUACUAAAGUGCGACCAAAAAUUUGUAAGCACUCCUGAUGGACCGCUGAACGGAACCUUUCAUGCACCGACAUUGGCCAACCCUGAAGGAGAGCCACGUCAAUGCGUUUACACAUUUCUUGCAGGGCCGCGUCAGCGUGUCGAAUUGAUUUUCACGUCGUUUGGCCUUCGAGGAAAACCGCCAGAUGGAUCUGCUGUGGGAGAAUUACCAGCCUGUAUUCAUGAAUAUCUGGACAUUUACUCGGAGAUACGAUCGGAGAACACGACUAAGUUAAUAGAGACACCGUUUGGUGGACGAUUCUGCGGACCAAUUCCACCACGUAGACGGGUCUCCCUUUAUCAAGGAAUUGCUCUCAGUUUCUACACUGACAAGAAUGUCACGUUGCCGCAUAUUUUCGGCGGUAUUUACAAAUUUAUCAACGCCUCCGAGUAUGAAGUUGGCACGCCAGAGCCAAGCACACCGUGUACUUUUACAAUACAUGUGGAUAUCAAACGUAAUGGAAACAUAUUGUCUCCCACUUAUCCCGGCACCUAUCCGAAAGAUCUUAUUUGUAGUUAUCAAUUUGUCGGACAUCGUGGACAACGUGUGCGGUUGGAAUUUCGUGACUUUGAUUUGUUCUUUGGGGGACCACAUUGCCCGUUAGAUUAUGUAAAAGUGUAUGAUGGUCCUGAUAAUUCGACCGCUGUUAUCGGCACUUACUGUGGUCAGCAACGAAAUUUAGUAUUAUAUUCCUCAGAGAACAGUUUAUUUGUGCUAUUUUCAACAUUGAGACGCACGGCAAAUACGCAAAAUCGAGGAUUUAAAGGCAUUUUUGAGUUCUCAGAGAGUUUUGUCAGCCUAGAUUUCAUAACAGAAUAUCAAGGCGAGCAUAUCCGUGGGUCUGAAUGCGACCAAAAAAUCCUUAGUAAGAAGGAAACAUCAGGAUUCGUAGUUAGUCCUAAUUUUCCAUAUCCUUACUUACCUAAGGUUGUUUGCCGUUACUUCAUCUAUGGCAUGCAAGACUCGCAACAUCUAGAGCGCGUGCGGUUGGAAUUUCAAGUAUUUACAAUACAGAUGCCCAAGGGAGAGACGUCGUGUACCGAUGGCUAUCUAAAAUUAUAUUUAAAAGGUCAAGAAGCAACGGAUUCUUACGACAAAUUCGAUUAUGAGAUGUGUGGUAAUAAUAGUAAUCCAAAUUAUGUAGUCAGCGACGGGCCGAGACUUGUGAUGGUAUUCAGUAGCGGAGAAUUACAGGCACAAGGCUUUAAAGCUAAGUACACUUUUGAAACGGAGUACAAGAUACCGGGUACUGCAGCACCCGAUGGCAGUUGCACUUUUACUUAUCGCAGUUCUUCUCGUAAACGUGGCGAAUUUAAUUCACCACGAUAUCCUAGCAAUUAUCCGAGCGACACGAAUUGCACGUAUUUCUUUCUAGCGACGCCAGAUGAACAGGUUGCUUUAAUCUUCGAUCACUUUAAAGUUCGCACAAGAAACGAUAAUGUGACAAUUGGAUAUUAUGGAUACGAGUUCUGCCAGGAAGAUUGGCUAGAGAUUUAUAACAUGUACCGAGACGAUACGGAGAAAUUGAUAGGAAGGUAUUGCGGCGGGACCGCACCGGGCCCGGUAGAGUCAAAUCUCGGUGCUCUUGGAUUAAAAGUGAUCUUACAUUCCGAUUCUGAACUUGUCUACAGCGGCUUCAAAGCACGUUAUACUUUUGAAAUCGCUAAACCUAUUUUUGGAGAUUGUGGAUCAAAUAUUAGUAGUCUAAAUUAUGGUAUAAUAACUAGUCCAAAUUUCCCAAAUAAUUAUGAUGGACCGGCAAAAAACUUAGCUAGUAAAAGUUGCAACUGGUUUAUAAGAGUUCGACCAGAUCAGCGAAUACUCUUAAACUUUGAAGUCUUCUCCGUAGAAGGUGAUCAACUAGUACGAGGUUGUCCUGCAGCCGUGUUACGCAUGUGGUAUUCUUCUAUUCCUCGUGAGCUUUGUGGUGUCAAAGAUCCUAAUACUAAAUGGGAUUAUCUUUCAGAAGAUCAUAAUAUGCGACUCAGUUUUAUAUCAGCUGAUAAAGCAGUAGGGCAACAAGGCUUUCGAGCUGUGUGGACCGAAGUGAGCAUGAACACAGAUUGCGAGAACCAAUUUCUAUGCAGUAAAAGCAAAUAUUGCAUCAACGAAUCGCUACGGUGCAAUAACAUUGAUAAUUGUGGACCUGAUGAUUCGUCGGACGAGGAAAACUCAACAUUAAUAAUCAAUAUAGAAGAAUCAAUAUAGAUACAACAUUGAUAAAACAUUGCUGAACGUAGCUAUUGAACUUCAACAUUCAACAUCUUCUUUCAACGUUCUGUGCUGUAUGGAAGUAAAUCUCUGUCGCAGAGGGGGGUGCUUUAUGUAUACUGCGCUCGUGCUAUUAUAAAAAGCUGGUGCGACCAAUGCAAGUAUUUCAUUCUCAUUUUUGAUACAUACUCCUCAUAUUAUGUUUGCAUAAUUUUAUGCAUAAAUCGAUCGAACGUGGCGUUAUUAGCAUCGAAGAAUACAACGCGACAGUAGUAUCGGUUGUCCAUGCUGAAAUCGUCAUAAAUUUCCCUCCGUGAAGACAAGAGAGGAUCCUCUCCCUAGCAACGUGCGUUGCUGUGAUGUGCGUUCACAGUUUUGAUAUGUUUAAUAAAAAACAUUCCUGUUCGUGUUCGAAAAACGUGUCUUUCAUUUCCGCGAAAUGUGAGCGAGUUUGUUGCACGAGUAUAAAUUAAGUGAGCGAGCGUGCCGUGAGUGUAACAUUUUGAGAGCUUGUCCAAACAUCGACCUUCGGAAGAGAAUUUGUACGUUCGACGACAUCGAUCACUUUUAUACGAGAAGUCCUCUCGUAUAAAAGAGGAAGAAGCGACUUGUCGAUGCCCCGAAGCUUCUACUCGAGACGGUGAUGCUACAGGCUCUUUCUGAGAAGUUACGAUAACUCAAACACGAGCGACAACAGCAACGCCAAGAGAUACCAUCGCUGCUGUGAGAACAUAAAGCAUUACCUGAAGGAGCAGCAACGUUUGAUAAAUAUUUGGAUUAAAGGAUACGGCGUUGAUAACUUU